UAAACCUGCACAAAUUUCCUGCUCAAUGGAUAUUGUACGGGACGUUGCAAACGCACUCCGAGCUCGACGGAAGGCACUCCAAGAUGUUUGGAUAUAAUCUGGACCUUUGACGGCUGGAAAUUUGCGCAGCUUUGAAGUGAUGCCCUGCUCUGAGUUGAAAGCAUUUUGUGGGGCUCUAUGUUGGGUUUAUUUAUCCAGAAGUACAUGACGCGACAGGAAGCUUUUCUUUCAAUGAAAAUGGGUAACCUUUUCAUUGAGAAUUGCCUAAAGUUGCGCAAAUUUGCUGUCAGAAACUAGGGUUUUCUUAUUCAUUACCAAAAACAAUGUCAUUGAGAGGAGAGUGCGUACGUCAGGCGAAGCAGCGUUCCAGAUCACAAUCUGUUUGGUCUCCUCUGAAUAAGCAGAUAAGGCAAAAGCUUUACCUUCCAGGGGCCCACAAACAGCCUGCAAAAUGCAAAGCUAAUCACAAAUCUGGUUAUUUCCUGGUUUAGAAUUGUUGAUAUACAUGGCAUCCUUCCGUUAGGAGAAGCUUCGCUAUCCAACUAACCGCACUCAGCAAUUCUGGUGCGACACGUUAGCAAUUAUGAGCUUGUAUUCCCCACGUGAACCCAAAAUAAUUGCAACCUAAAUCGAAUAUUUCGAAGGGGAAGGAGUCGAAGGGCACGUGCCAGGUCCGUGAAUUACAGGAUAAAAACUAUUUUAGUUAUGAAUCAUUGCGGGACGGCUAUAAGUAGACCAAUUACUACCAGAUCUUCACUAGUAAGCGAAAUGUGAGCUUCUCACGCAGAUAUUUACAUUUCUGUGUUUUAGUUCAAGGCAAGAGGAUUUGGACCAUGGCGGGACACAAACGACCGCAAUUUGUAUUGUUUGGAGCAUCCUUGACGGAAUAUGCGUUUCAGCCCGGUGGCUGGGGUGCGAGUUUGACCGACAUUUACGCCCGUAAGGCAGAUGUUUUACUUAGAGGAUACAAUGGAUGGAAUACCCGUCGAGCUUUAGCUGUCCUCGAUGAAUUCUUUCCAAAGGAUGCUCCAGUCCAACCUCAUUUGGUGGUUGUAUGUUUUGGUGCCAAUGAUGCUGCCUAUCCUCUUCCAAGUGGAAGAGGGCAGCAUGUACCUAUACACGAGUACAAAUCAAAUCUUCAGCAAAUUUGCUUGCAUAUUAAGGGGUUAUCCAGUACAACACGAGUGGUUGUAAUAACGCCCCCACCCAUAUAUGAAGAUGUACGACGAGCUUAUGCCAGAAGCAGGUGGGGUAGGCUUGCUGGUGAGUAUCUUGAUCGUACAAAUGAGCAUGCUGGAAUGUAUUCUGAAGUUUGUGUAGAAGUAGCAAAGAAGCUUGAUUGUGGCAUAAUCAACUUGUGGGAAUUGAUACAAAGAUCAAAAAAUUGGGAGACAGAGUGUCUGAGUGAUGGCAUGCAUCUGAGCCCUAUUGGAAACCAAACACUGCUUGAGGAGUUGUUGAAAGUAUUGAGGAAUGCAAAUUGGGUCCCAAGUCUAUAUUGGGAGAAUAUGCCAAGUGACUUCAAUGAACCUUCCAUUUAUGAUUAUGUGCAUCCUUCUCAAGAAUUAUGCUCUCAUGGCAUUGAAGAAAAUGACAGAGAAAAGAAUCAUGAUUGUUAGGAUAUUUCCAAAAUGACUUAGAACUCUUCCUUAGGGCCAUUACCGGGUAGAAAAUAAAAUGCACCAUGUCCUUUGUGAUCAUUUUGUAAGUAGCUUUUGUAUAGAAAGAAGCUUGAAAGGGGUUUGAGAAGGGUAUAACAAACUGUGUAAAACCAUGUAACAAGUUUAGUAUUCUUGUUAGUUGCAGUCGAAUAUAUAACCUGAAAUGUCUUUUUCUCUGGAGAUUCCAUGUUUUCUAUGUCUGCUUGUGUCAGGUGGCAUAAGUACAAUGAUCUCUACAUUUGCCAUUUGGAAAGUUAAAUUGGGUUAUAUAAUUUAAGGCUGUAAUCCUCUACAACAUUUAUAAUUUCUUGUUUGUUAUAUCAAGCUCUCUAUAUAGAAAUCAGGAACGGUUCCAUCCGAUUUGAA